AUCGAGACGACGUAAAUCGUGUAUUACUGUAAAUAAGCAAGAGUCAGUGCCAUCUGAACCCCGGCUGUAUUUGAAGAAUGCAAAUUAGCAUGAUAUCGAAAAUUUUGAAUCUUGGUGUGAAAAAAAGGGGAGAAAAGAAAAUGGAAUUACAUAUAAAUGAGUGGAUUUCUUCGAAAUGUCAUUCAAACCUGAUUUGGAGUUCAGAGUUAAAGAUUUUCACUUCUGCAACAGAACAACAGAAUGUUUGAUUACAAGAUUUUUCAUACUGCUGCAGUGUGGCUGCUGUUUAUCUCUGCUUCAUCGCUGAACACUUCACAGGCUGCUAGAGUAGUAACUACAGAGGUGCCCACACCCCCACCUGCAUUUUUGGUAGAUACAUCACCCCCCUCACUUCCCGAUCAGCCAUCCAUAGAAGCCCGUCCACCAUGGCUGGUUGGCCCAGGAUCACCACCUUCGCCUGUUAUUAACCCUCCCAACUUAAAUAAGUCCCUUAUGCUGCAACUUGCAUCGAAUACCGAGAAAAUGGGAGCAACCUUAAUCUGCCUAGCCGAUCAGACCAAUGAUUCUGCUGUUGUAAGCAGAUUAAAUCAAAUUUUUGAUUCUAGUUCGGCCUAUGUAAAGGAAAUGUAUCGCCUACCUCUAAGUGAUCAGGGGAAGAUAGACAUUGGAAAUGUUGUGGCCCUCAAUACUUUAGUUUAUCUUCGUGGCGUUCACGAGAAGUGUGCCAAUCUAACAAAUCCCUACACACCAGCCAAUACACCGGCUGCUGGCAAGAAUUUUGCAGAGCUGGGUAACCUAUUUCAAACAAUUGGUACAACUAUGGAUUGUCUUAUAUUGAAAAUAGAUCCUAAAAUCAUUCCUCAAGUUCCUGUAGCCGUCGGCAAUGCAUUUCAAGCAAUAGCAAAUGAUCCAAGAACUUCAGUUAUGGAUAUUUUAUUGCAACAUGAGGCAGCAUUGGCAUCGACUUUGCUGAAGAUGUCCAGAAUUUGUCUGGGCUAGACAAGAAUGAAGAAGGUA